AUGACAUCAAUGGCAAAAAUGAUCGGAAAAUCUGAUGGAUCAGGCGAUGUUGUUGUGUGGCUGAAAAAAGUCAAGCUGGCUGGAGAGCUUCAAAAGAUGGGCGAUCUGUCGUUAAUAAUUACGUUGUUUCUGGAAGGAGAUGUAUUCGCCUUGUAUGAGCAACUUAGCGAUAACAAAAAGCCUGCGCCGUGGAUGACUAAAAAGCUUUGUUGGAUGCGUUUGCGGUUAUUCUUUUCGAAGCCUACGAGCUGUUCAGGUAUCGAAGAUGGAACGAAGGCAAAUUCGUUGAUGUAUAUACGGCCAAUUUGCUUUAACUUAUGCGGCUGGCCAAAGUUGAAAACGAAGAAUUGUUAUAACGAGCUUGUCAUAACUGGAUUGCCUGGUGAAAUUUCAAAGCAGCUACAAUCGCAAGUCAAAAUAUUCGGGAUCAACUUGAAGGAUGUUUUGAACCACGCAAGAGUACUUUUGUCAAAAGCGAAAGAAGAAUGUCUUUCAACAACAAUCUCUGAAAUUAUAAAGGACAAGGACUUUGACGCUAACUUUGAUGGCAUGAAAUGGACUGCUAAAUAUAAAUGGAAACAAGAUGAACCGCAACUGAAUAAUUUUGUCUCGCUGUACAAAGUAAAACCCAUGUUGAUACAUCAACUUAACGAAGAGAUGGACUUGUGGGUGGAAAAUGGGAAGAGACAACCUGUUUUGGAUUUUCGCAAAUUGAACCAAUACGUUAAUUUGCAUUACGCCUCAAGUGAUGCCUGCGAUGAAACAUUGAGAAGAUGGAGAAGAGUUUGUGAAAAAUUUGCACUACUUGACCUCAGAUGCGCCUACAUGCAAAUACACAUUGAUCCGAUUUUGUGGAAGCAUCAAAGGAUAGUCUACAAAGAGAUGCAAUACAACCUUACACGACUCGGAUUUUGGUUAAGUUCUGCACCAAAGAUUAUGUCGUCAAUCUUAGGCAAAGUGCUAAGUCUUAAUGCAGGUAUUAGUGAAGCAACUGAUCAUUAUAUCGACGAUAUAACCAUUGAUUUGAAAAAGACAUCAGUUAAAAAUGUUGUAAACCAUUUAGAACGGUAUGGUUUGUUAACAAAAGAGCCAGAGGAAUGUGAUGAUUCACGAGUUUUGGGUUUGCAAAUAUUCAGAAACGAUAAAAAAAGUAUUUUGUCGGAAACGCGGCAAUACCAUUCCAAAGUCAGAAUACAUUGA